CGGGAGCGGCGGCACCGGGCACCCCCGGCACGCCCCUCCCCGGGCCGCCGCUACGGUUGGGGCCGGGAGGGGCCAGCGGAGCUGCCCGGGCCGGAUCCGGGAUCACAGCACAGACGGGCUUCUGGCACCACUGAGCCAAACUGGAUUUCAACCGGUGACCUAGGAGCAGUGAGUCCUGUGCGGGCGCGAGCCCUCGGCCAGCAUGACCAGCGAGGUGGUGGAGAAUGAGCUUGAGUUUUACUCCAAGGCAGAGAAGUACUGGAAGGAUGUGCCCGCCACRGUGGAUGGCAUGUUGGGGGGCUACGGCCACAUCUCCAGCAUCGACAUCAACAGCUCCAGGAAGUUCCUGCAGAGAUUUCUGCGGGAUGGCCCCAACCGGACAGGGACAACCCGUGCUCUGGACUGUGGGGCCGGCAUUGGCCGGAUCACCAAGCGGCUGCUGCUGCCCCUCUUCAAGACAGUGGACAUGGUGGAUGUGACAGAGGACUUCCUCACCAAGGCCAAGAGCUACCUGGGCGAGGAGGGCAGGCGCGUGCGCAACUACUUCUGCUGUGGCCUCCAGGAUUUCAGCCCUGAGCCAAACUCCUACGAUGUCAUCUGGAUCCAGUGGGUCAUCGGACAUCUCACUGACAACCACCUCUCCGACUUCCUGAAGCGCUGCCGUGCCGGCCUGCGGCCCAACGGCAUCGUGGUCAUCAAGGACAACAUGGCUCAGGAGGGUGUGAUCAUGGACGAUGUGGACAGCAGCGUCUGCCGGGACCUGGACGUGGUCCGUAAGAUCAUCCGCAGAGCUGGGCUGCACCUCCUGGCCGAGGAGCGCCAGGAGAACUUCCCUGAUGAGAUCUACCACGUCUACACCUUUGCCAUGAGAUGAGGCCAGUGGGAAAMGGUCUCUCCCGUGUCGUGAUUCCCCUUCCAGGGGCGGGUGACAAGGAUGGGACUUCGUCUUCCAAGUUGCUGCUGUUUGUGAAAAGAGGUGUUUGCCAAAUACAUUUUCCUGCUGUUGCACUUCUGCACGUGGGCUUUGUCAGA